CCUGACUCGAUUGGAAUGCUGAAAUCUUUAGCUGAGUUGGAUAUCUCAAGAACAGUCAUCGCAGAGUUGCCAGAUGCCAUUGUCAAUAUAAAGAGCUUGAAAGUAUUGAAGAUGAAUGGAAGUCAGAUGCAGAAGUUACCUGAGGCAAUUGGGAUGUUGGAGAAACUUGAGGAGAUUUAUGGAGAGGAUUGCAAGCGGCUAGGGAUGAUUCCUGCUGAUAUCGUGAGACUACCAUUCUUGAAGACUUUGAAAUUAACACAAACUCGCAUGCAGAAUGUACCAAAGCUUCCCCAGAGUUUGCUAAGUCUGUGUCUGUCCUCAACAGCCACAGCAAAAGCUCCGGAGAUCUCCAACCUCGUGAAUUUAAGGAAUCUGGGAUUAUGUUUUCCCAGCUCAACCUCCGUCAAAUAUUUUCCAAAAGCGAAUACUUACAGCCCAUGUUGUAUGCUGGAGCUUCCACGUAUCACCAGCAUAAACUCAUAUUUGGGUUGCCUUGGGUAUCUGAAAGAACUUCAACUUCACAACUGCCGGAACCUGCGUCAGAUUGGACAGCUUCCCUCUAGUUUGAGGAAACUUACAGUUCAAAAUUGCAAUCUUCUUGAAGUUGUUGACCUUUCCAACUUGGAGAAUCUACAACUCUUGCUGAUUUACUUGUCCAAAACUGGUUGAGAUUCAAGGUCUUGACAGACUGGAAUCACUAGAAAGUCUUGAGAUCGGAAACUGCAGUUCCUUGCAAAGCUUGCCUGAUCUAUCCAACUUGACGAUGCUGAAGACGUAUUGGUGGUAAGGAAAACAAGUAGCUCGAAGAGAUGACCUCCCCCUCUAGCACUUGGAAGAGCUUGUGAGAUCCAUAAAUCC